CAGUUCCAUUGAAAAUAGUGCCAAAGGUGUGUGGUCAUUGGCCGUGCAGUCUACCCCCACGUAAGUGCGCAAGCUAUAUAGAAGACCCCGCGAGGAAUUUCAUCUUCAGAACUGAGAGUCAGUGUCAAGGAAAUCUACCUGGAAGUAACGAAAAUGCAUUACAAUCAGUACGUGUCGCUAUGCUUGGUGGCGCUUGUCCUGGGACAAGCAGCAACACUGCCACAGCAUCCCCAGUAUCAUCCGCAACAGUACCAACAACAGGUCAGGGACGAGAGGAAAUUUGCUGAGAAACCGAACGCGAUGAAGAAGGUUGCCCUUGAUGACCUAGACGAUAUCAGCACCAAUCAGAUUCAAGAAGGUGGCAGUACCGGGUUCUCGUGGUCGAACAUGUUGAGUAUGCUGAUGCAGAUGUUGUUGGGACAAACUGGCGGUGUAGCCGGACCGAGUAAGAACGAGAUCGACGAUGGUGCACCAGCUAGCCCUUGGGCGAAUUUGCUUUCGGUAGGCCUCAGGGUACUGACAGCUCUGCUAGGAGGUCCUCAACAACCCGUUGACGGUAUCGACAAGGUUGACAAUCAGAGCAGUCCCAUGCAGGGCAUUUUGACUGCGGUGCUGGGUGCGUUUCUAGGACAGGGCAGAGACCCCGAUCAGGUUGCUGUCAUGGCUAAAAACGCUUCCGAGUUCAUUAGCAUAGUGAUCAACCUGUUGGACGCAUUGAAGACUUCGUUCUCUCAUCGUUCAUUGACGGCCAGAUCUAUGGGAAGACGAGAUACCGUUUCAGAAGCUGCCGUCGCAUCCAUUUCCAUGCUGAAGGGUUACAUGAGGUCGGUGAAAUCCUUUAACAAUGUUGGUCGCGCCGAAGACGAGGGUCAGAGAGGAUGCGCCGAAAGAGCGCUCUGCGAGGCAAGUGCCGAGUGUGUUGCAGAUGCUCAGGGCACAUCGUCCAUCUUCUGUCAGCUUGGAUCAUACGCGACGAGCUAUUUACUGCAGAGGCAGAGCGGAGUAGGUUUCGAGGCACUCUACGAGGCAGGUCGACGUGGACGUACCGGAGAGGAUUGCAGAACUCUGUUCGUGGAUUGUAACGCCGUAUGAAGAAGCGGUUUCGUCUCGAUCCAUUCAAGUACGAUUUAGACGCUCAGGGACACCAUCGACCCCGGAUUUCCAUCCGCAUUUUUCAACAUCGAAAAUCCGGGAAACUAGCUUCAAAUUCCAUUCCUUUCGAUCGCUUUCGAGUGCUUUCUUCUGUCCCGAGGUUUAGAUCGCACUUGAAAUGGUGGAUAAAAUAGCUUUAGACGCGACGUGGAAUAUGCGCAAGAAGCGUGCCGAGACCAAAACCAGAAACUUAACUCUCUUCUCGCUUAGUACCUAAUCGGUCUUUCAUUAACGUCAAAAUUAUUUAAUCAAUUAAUUACAACUGAUACACUAACGGUCACGUGUAGAUACGUGUACUUAGACAUACAACAAACUAGCAACGCUAAAAGGUCAUUCACACUGGUCCUAUAUGUAAAGUAACAAGUGCCAGUGUGAAUAUCUUUAUAGUGAUUGUAUAGUAAUUCAUUAAUCAAUUAACUACGCUACCAUGAUUUGAUCAAUGAUGCAAUGAAUUAUAGGAAGAACUCUUGGUGUCCCUGGAAACUACGCAUCUUUUCCGUGAACACCGAGAGUUCAUUAACGUAGAUUCUACAUUUCUGAGUACACUAAUGCAGAUUUUACGUUGUAAUAAGUUCUAAGAGAAAGAGAGUUAGGUAGAAAGGAGAAAAGUGCAUGCAGUGGGAGAGAAACACUUAACGUAGAAAUAGACUGAACGAGAAUCCAGGUCUGAACGAACUGUGAACCGUUCGUCUAGGUCUCUCAACGACAAUCACGAUAUUUAUUUCUAUUUAUUUGAAUGUAUUAAAUCUAGUAGAGUUAGCGUAUACCCUCGAGGACUGGAUCAGUUACGAUGGAAAAUAGGACAUAGCUUUUAUGAAGAAAAAAGAAAAAAA